CCUGAGUUGUUGCCGUAGUGCGUCACGUAGUGUUGUUAUUCGAUGCUAGCGUUAGCCAGACAAAUGUAGAACAUACCAAUACGUAUACCACAAAUAACUAGUAUUGUUUUAUUUAUUGUGUUGUUUGAAAUGUGUGCUUGAUAUAUUUAUGGAAAACACUUUGACAAAUGGUAUUUUUUUCCCACGAGCCUAGUUUGCUCUUACUAGCUAAUGUAGCUAGUCACAUUUUCUUGCCAGGAACAGCUGGCCUGUUCUGUUAGCUCAAAGGUAGUUAACACAGCCAUAGGAUAUAGAAUUAAGCUUUCCAGAUGCGGCUAAAGGACCCCUUCUCUUUAAAAGCCGCAGAAAUGACUAAGCGGACAAAUAAACCAAGAAAGCCUCGAGAUGAGGAGUCAUCAGAUGAAGUCAGUGGGUUGACGUGUCAGCACGUAAGUAAGGCUGUAGAUCUGACCUCAGUGAAGAAGUCAGUGCUGUCCAAUGUGUGGUUGGUGUGCUCUGAGUGUCUUAAAGAAAGGACCCUUAUAGAUGGAGAGUCAGUGGGAUCUCAUGAAAUCCUUGUCUGUCUCAAGUGUGGAUUCCAGGGUUGUAAUAAGUCAGGAAUCCAACAUGCUGUGAAACACCACCUGGCAUUCCAACCUGAGUCACAUUGCAUAACAAUAAGUCUAAGCACAUGGAAGGCCUGGUGUUUUGAAUGUAAUGAGGAACUCUCCACUCAUUGCAACAAGAAGGCUUUGGCUCAGACCCUGGACUUUCUACAAAAGCAGUCUGUCAAGGCAACAUCAGCAUCACCCAAGACCAUCAAACUAAGAGAAGAAUCAUCAGAUUAUGCUGAUUCAUCAAGAAGCAAAAAUCCUGCAAUUAACAGCACCUUAGUUCCUGUGAAAGGCAUUACAAACCUGGGCAAUACCUGCUUCUUCAAUGCUGUCAUGCAGAACCUGGCCCAGACUCACAUGCUGAUAGAUCUAAUACAAGAAGUGAAGGAAAAGGGAUACAAACUGAGAAUCUGCCCUCCGGCUGAGGCUAAUCUGAAUCCACUCACUGUUACGCUGUCUGGACCUGAACCCCUCACGGCGGCCAUGUUUCUCUUCCUUCAGACGAUGAAAGAAUCGGGGAAAGGCCCAGUCAAUCCCAAGAUUCUCUUUAACCAGCUGUGCCAAAAAGCACCACGCUUUAAGGGUUACCAACAACAAGACAGCCAGGAGCUCCUGCACUAUUUACUGGACUCCAUAAGAGUAGAAGAAACAAAGAGAGUAAAAGCAGCAAUUUUGAAGGCUUUUAACAAUCCAACUGAAAAGACAGCUGAUGAAGAGACAAAACGUCAAGUCAAAGCGUUUGGAAAAGAAGGUGUGAGAAUGAACUUUGUUGAUCGCAUUUUUGUUGGAGAACUUACAAACACAAUAAUGUGUGAAGAAUGUGAACAUAUAUCAACUGUUAAAGAGGCCUUUAUUGAUAUUUCAUUGCCCAUUAUAGAGGAGCGGACCUCAAAACCAUCUAACCCAGGACGACUGGGAAAAGUGGUGAGAGAGCAAGACAGCCACAUAGUGCACAAUGAGCAGCUUCACUCUGCUGCUCAUAACAAGAACAGGAGAUUGAGUGGACAGAAAUUACAAGGCAAGAGAUGUUCAACCCCUAUUGAGGAUAAAGGAGCAGUUUGUGGAUUGGAGCGGUCAGAGGAGGAGGGAGUGGCUGGAGGGUCGUCACGUGGUGUCUCCAUUUGUAAAAUGGCAUCUGCUGGAAGUCUUUCUGAUGGGAGUGACAGGGACUCUGGGGCUCAGGACAGCAGUAAUGAUGCAGACAGCGAGGCAUCAGAGAGCGAAUGGGCCCCACGCCCCCCCUCCUCAUGCCAUGGACACACCUCCUCCUCCAGCACAACCCUCACUCCAUCUCCCACUGGAAACUCCUCAACAGUAUUUAGUAAUAAAGCUGGAGGUGCUGUCGACCAACUUGUUUCUGCUGUGUCAAAGAUUAACAUAGGUGUACCUUCUGGGGACUGCUCUAGCUCCACACACUGUUCCCCAGAUGAGUUAAUUGAUGCGCGAGACAAUAUUCACCACCCUCACCAACAGGGGGCAUUCCAGGCACUGUCCCAUAGUUACACACCCAGCUCCAAAGAGUGCUCCGUUCAGUCCUGCCUCCACCAGUUUACCUCUGUGGAGCUGCUCAUGGGUAACAACAAACUACUGUGUGAGAGCUGCACUGAGCGUAGGCAGAAGCAGCUGCGCAAGACUGGACCUUCAGACAAAAAAGUAGAGAAGGUUUACACCAGCGCCAGAAAGCAGAUGCUAAUAUCCUCCCUACCUCCUGUCAUCACUUUGCACCUGAAACGCUUCCAUCAGGCAGGAAUGAACCUAAGAAAAGUGAAUCGCCAUGUGGACUUUCCACUCAUUUUGGAUUUGGCUCCAUUUUGCUCAGCCUCUAGUAAAAACCUAGCAGCAGGUGAGCGAGUACUGUACAGCUUGUACGGGAUUGUGGAGCACAGCGGUUCGAUGCGUGGAGGCCAUUACACUGCAUAUGUAAAAGUCCGCACGCCACAGAAGAAAACGGAGCAUCAUAGAAACCUGUCAGGUGCCAGAGAGUCCAGUAGCAGCAGCCAGGGUCAAUGGGUUUACGUCAGUGACACCACAGUACAGACCGUCCCAGAGUCUCGUGUGCUCAACUCUCAGGCCUAUCUGCUUUUCUAUGAGGAACUUCUAUAACUUGCUUAAGAAUAUUUUUCUUUGAUAUGUUUGCAUUGUUUAUAUAAUACAAAGUAACAUGGUACACGUUGUACUCAUCCUCUUUAUCAAGAGGGGGGAAAAGGGAACUGACCACUGAGACCUUUAUUGUCACCUGACAAAAAUGAGAGUAUUAUAGAGUAUUAUAUUGUGUGUACAAACAAUUCAUCAUAUAUGUAUAUUACUGAUUGAAAUUAUUUUUUUCUUAGUUUAAAUUUGAAAUUUCAUUUAUUUGAAUUUAAAAAAGAAGCCCUUUAAAAUAAACAGGGAUAAAACCUAGACUUAAGGUCGUUCUUCCUAUAGGUGUAAAAUGCAUGAAAUUUACUAACAUUAAGCAAGCAUUGCAUGCACAACUGCGCUCAGUGCUGACUAAAUGAUGUCUUUGUGUGUAUGAAGAAUGAAAGAGAGACACAAGAUUGUAGAUUAAGAUGCUAUGUGUAUCAAUCUCUGCCAUUUAACAUUGUGCAUUAUCAAAUUAUCAACAAAUCAAAAUUAAUUUCUGGUUUUCAUUUAAUAUGUUAUUUCUGUAUUGGACAAGGCUUUUUGAUUGUUACACAUAGCAUCAUCAGAGUACUAGCAUAAUUACUUAACUGACCAAUUAUAUGUUUUCAUCUGAAUGUGAUCAUGUAAUGAUAAUGUCAUUAACACAUUGCCAAAGAUUAACUCAGAGGGUUUUACCUAACCUAACAAAACUUCAUAGUCUGUUCAGUCAUCUUUAUGUUGUGACUCCAACAACAUAGUCAUGUUUAUCACCAUAUCUACCUUCAUUGUUUUCAUUGUUUCUAUAAUGUGUUUACUCAAUAUUAAUUUGGCAAUGUACAACAAAGGGUCAAAUAGACUUUCCCUAUGCUGUCAAUAUCAUUACUUUGAUAUGCAUGAGAUCAUAUGAAUGUAUUGCCUCUUUUCGAGUAUUUUUAUAUUUCCUUUAGGUGGUAAUUUGCCAAAUGUAAAAGAAGAUUAUAGUUGUAUAAAUUCUUUUUUAAUUUCUGAAAUUUAGCAGAGGAGCUUCAGGUUUCUGAACUUGUGCACAGUGAAAAAACCACACAUUUUGCAGAACAGAAUGCAAAAGUACUUAAAGUACUGUAUGCAAAAGAAUAUUUUAUCUCCCAGAACAAAUGUAAAACUGCGGUGCUUCAGGUAUGCAGGGCUUUAUUUUUUUUUUUCUCUUUUAUGAAAGGCUUAUACAGAUUUGGAAUGUCUAAAAUAUUGAAUGAAAAAAACAAAUAAACCUUAAUUAUUGGAGUGAGAA